UUGUCCUUGGAAAGAUAUUUUGACCGCUUUUCCAAUAAUUUUGGGACAGAAGAAAAAUAAUGUUUUUUUCUGCCCACGAUUGCGCCUAGAAGCACGCAAUCUCCUUCCCUCUUAACGUGCAAUGCCCGCCCAUAGCACGCACAUCCACGUCUUUCAUUUCAAUUCCAAACUUCCCUACAAAACAUUACUUCCUCCUCCACAAAAUUGCUAUACUAUCUGAAGAUUCCUAGUCUUUUUGGGAAAAAAAACCAUUUUUUUUUUUUAAAUUCGGCUACCAUGGCGAUCAUCUCGUAUGGUUUAAGUGGUCUGCCACUGAAAAAUCCGUCGAAUUUUCUUCCUCGCCCUCCUUCUGGAAAAUUUCCAGUGAAAACAGUGCAGAUAAAGAGCAAAAGGAAGAGAAAUUAUAGUUGUUGCAGAUGCUCUAAGGGAGUGGAGGAAUUAGGUUAUGAUUUGUAUGAACUGCUGGGGAUUGAAAACACAGCUGGGCAUCAGCAGAUUCGAAAUGCGUAUCGGUGGCUACAGAAGAAAUGUCACCCCGAUGUAGCCGGUGAUGACGGUCAUCAUAUGGCCAUCCUGCUCAAUGAAGCGUAUUCUGUGCUUUCUGACCCCAACGCUCGCUAUGCAUACGACCGGGUUCGGGCAGAGAGGAUGGAGGUGGAAGGGUAUACAGGGCAGCCUCUGUAUUCAAAAUGGUUGGGCCCGGCGGAGGAGGAUCGAGCCAUAUUUGUUGACGAGGUAAAGUGUGUGGGUUGUCUGAAAUGCGCUCUGGUGGCACCCAAGACAUUUGCAAUCGAGACCUGCUACGGCCGGGCCCGGGUCAUUGGACAGUGGGCUGAUUCAGAGGAGACUGUCAACGAUGCCAUACAAGCAUGUCCCGUCGAUUGCAUUUCAUUUGUGGAAAGGGCCCAAUUGCCGGCUUUGGAAUUCCUGAUGUCCAAGCAGCCUCGCGUUGCAGUCAGAAUGAAUGCCAACAACAGUGUUGGGGCAAGAGUCACUAAUGUGUUUGCGGAAGCUGAAAGGUUUUUGGAGAAACUCAGAAAGGAGAAAGUCUCCAAAUUCCAGGAAUCCGCAGCACAAAGGGAGGCAAGAAUGGCAGCAGCGGAGCAGAUAAGGACUAGUGCAGGAUGGUGGUGGCACCACCUUGUGGGAGACCGAGCCAGAGAAUAUACCAACCAUCAGCGGGCAUCAAAAGGGGCCAUUGUUCCCCUGAACUGGGAACAGAAGCAACAGUUCUCGGUCCCUAUUGAUUCAGACAAGAUUAACAAUUCCAGUGGUCCAUAUAAGUACCAAAGAAUACACAUUAGCCAAGAGCUGAGUGAAGCUGCUGCACGACGUCGGAUGGGGAAGUCACCGUCUCGUUCGAAACAUUCACAGGUAGCCACUGAUGAGGACUAUUGGGUACCUGUUACCCCUGAAAAAAGCAGUGUCCCCACUAAAAAUUUGGAUUCCAAGAGAAUAUUUACAGUGCCUCCCAGGGAAACAUACACUGCAUCAUCUGUGGCUGAGGAAGAGAAGAUGGUUAUGGAACUCGGGGAGAGCAGAAUGGAAGGAGAUUGGAGAAACAUGAUAUUGUUAUGGAUUCCGUUAGCAACUUCUGUUGCAGCAGGAUUAGUAGUUGGCUUUGGCAGUGAUGGUGGUGAAGCAGGGGGACUGGAGAGACAUCUGGCUGGGCCUCUUGCACUUAAGAUGAUCAACAGCUUUGAAAUGCACAUUUUACAGGCUGCAGCUUUUUGGUAUGUUGUUGGGGCUCUUAUAGCGUCUGUUAUUGUAGCUGUCGCGUCAGUGUGGAAAAAGCCAUAGGCCAAAACAUUUCCUCGUCAUCUUCAAUAGCUAACUUGGAGCAACUCAAGAGAUGAGUACUCAAUGCAAGUAUUGAAAUUGACCAGCUCAAACAAAUUGUAACUAUCUAAUAUUGUUUUAUAGCCAGCAGAACCUAUGGCACGGCCAUUGAUAUACAUAUAGUUCAUGUACGGGAUACCUUGAUCCACUUAACAGGCUUAGAAUUAUGCUGUAUGGGAGAGGAAAUAUAUACUGUUGGAUUUAUAGGUGAAAGAUUGGACAAGCUUAGAAUGCCAUUAGAUUUGAGAGCUGAAAGACAGCUUCAGCAUUAUGAUAUAUAUGAUCCAUUUGUUGACUGCAACACUCAACAAAAGAGGAAAAGGGAAAUCGCACACAAUAGAAUUUCUGAAUUCUUGUAUUUCUGAGCCAGCCAUAAGUGAAUCUUGAUCGUAAAUUUCUAUCUUGCGCACGCUAAAAUUGCUAGAAUUCUUUCUGA